AUGCGUAAACCAUCGACAAUAAAUGAUGAUAAUCACAAUUAUAAUAAGAAGAAUAAGAAUAUAACUGAUAAUCGGACAAGUUCCAGUGUGAUGACGACUAUGUCAAAUUGUACAAACAAGUAUAGUGAAGUAAUUCCAUGUUAUAAAAACUCAAUCUAUGGACAAUAUCUUCCACCAACAGAUUCUAGAUAUCGUCCAGAUGUACGGUUAUUUGAACUGGGUCAUAUUGAUGAAGCAGCUGCUGAGAAAUUACGUUUAGAAGAGAAACAACGUCAUCGGCGUAAAUCAUUAAAUGGUCAACGAAAAAUUCCACAAUUCAAUUGGUCCAAAUCAGCUAAUAAUCAUAAUCAUAAUCAUACUACAAUGACAAAUUCUACAAUUAAACCAUUUUUUACAAAUAAUUUAUUUAAAAAAGCAUUUUCAUCGAAUUCAACAACAACAACUACUAGUACUAGUCAUUGUUUUACUGAUAAUGAUAAAAAUUUGCAUAAUUCUAACAAUACUACUGUUAAAUCAGAUUUAAGUAGUAAUAAUAAUAAUCAAAAUCAAAUUAUUGGUCCAUUAUGGUUUAUUUUGUCAAUAAAUCCAUUUACUAAACAAGAAGAAUGGCAAAUAACCGGUGAUUAUUGGAAAAGAGAUUGGAGUCAAUGUCCAGAUUUAUAUUAA